UACUCCCACAGUUUGAUUUUUUAUUUUAUACUGUUUACACUACACGUGUUUUAAUAUAUUGUCUUUUGAGAGUAAAUCUUAGCUAUACUCAUCUAAGAAGCAAUAAGAUAAUAAAUAAGUUAUAUGCAUUGCUACAGUAUUGUUUCUCUGCACUCACCUUGGAAUGUUGGAGCCACAGAAUGCAAUAGGAAUGACACAAACAGUGAUUUUUGUGGUGAAUACAGAUACCUCAAUGUCCUUACAUGUCUGAGUAUUGUCUGUGGAGCUGAUAAGACAGUUGAUGGUUAACUGUUAUGGUAGGGCUUUGCUGGUAGAGGAGUUAUCUGCUAUCAUCUGUUGUUUUGGUUGCUUCAUAUGGUUAGCACACCACCAGAAUUCAUGCAUAUUGCAAAUCCAUGAUGCCCUUGGGUCACUAGUUUUGCCAGCACAUAAUGUUAAUAAAGAUGGACUUCAGGUGGAACAGUGUAAUAGUGUGAUGUGUUGGAUUUUUGAUUUAAACCAUUAUAUUGAAUUUCAUGAAUAAGAAACUGAGCUUUAUAGAUGAUUAUCUGGAAGAUCCUUAAAAUGUUAUAUAGAAUAAUAUUGUAGGUUUUGGUAUUCUUGUAAUGCUAAGUUUUUUAUUUAAUUUUAGAAGAUAACUAAAAAAAAAAAACUAAUAUAAACCACUUACUAUUCCUUCCUAUAGAGAUAUUUAUAGAUACUGUAAUUACAUUUUGUAGAGGUAUUUUUAGCAUUCAUGGUAAACUAUCAUAAACAUUCUGCUCUCCCUUUGUGCUAAAUAAAAUUAUCAUAGGAUUUUGUGUUAAAUCUUGUGAGGAAUAAUGGUGUAAUAUUGGUUUGUGCAAAUGUUAUGUGACUGCUAUUAUGGUGGUCUGUUUUAUUAAUUAUUUGCUGCUGUUGCUACAUCCCUGUAUCCCUAAAUACAAGUACAAUAAAAAGAUACAAAGCAGAAGCCAGAAAUAAAUUAGUAGAAUCUUAGCAGUGUUCACAGUGUGGGAGAUUAAUGAAAAACGUAUAAGAGAAUUCAUCUCACUGUUAUUAACAACUCAAGGUGAAUGGUUCUGAGUUUUUCUCUGAAACGAGAGGAACAUGCUGCCUACACUGUCUCCAUACUGGCUGGGUUUAUUUGCAUGACAAAUCUGACCUUAGCUUUUGACAUUUUCAUGCUGCACAAAUACAAUUUACUAAUGCAGGUCUGUGUGCUUUAUAUGGGAUAUAGAUGCUCCUUUUACCAAUCAGAUUGUACUGUUCUUCAACAUAAAGGACAUCUAGCAGCCAAGACAGAAAGAAAAUAUGAAUUCAAGCUCAGGCUAUAGUUUUUCAAUUAGCAACACACACUGUGGUACCAUUACUCGGCCAACCCCAUUCUGGCAUUAUUUAUUAAAAGAUUUUAUCACUCAAAAAUAUGACUUUCAUUAUUUUGCUGUAAUAUCUAUUUCUUCUGCUGAACUUUUUAUUUAAAUGUCUUCAUUAAAUGCAUAUUUAAUUAUUUUUUUCCUUUUCACAGCAAGACUUUCUCUUACAGUUUCACCCUCUUUGGUUUUGUACAGCACUGCAGAAAAUAGUGGAUGAUUUGCUUCACCAAUUACACUCCCCCUAUCUUACUUGCAUAUUGAAUGCGUAACUCAUUAAGUGAUUGAUAUUGGUGUGGUGAUGAGGAGUUUCUUUUCUCUUGGGAGUGUCAUUGUUAGGAAAGAACAGUAACAAUUAGAAGACAGACUGUAGGAGGAUUUGGAUUAAGCAUAAAGGGUGGAGCAGAACAUAAUAUUCCAGUGGUCAUUUCUAAGAUUUCCAAAGAACAAAGAGCUGAACUUUCAGGUUUGCUCUUUAUAGGAGAUGCAAUUCUACAGAUUAAUGGAAUUAAUGUGAGAAAAUGCAGGCAUGAAGAAGUGUUUGUUCGGUGGAGGAGGAAGAGGAAAGGAGAAUGGACUCUAUAUAUUUUUCAAUAGUAUCCAGUGUUGGACUGUUCCAGCCAGAUACAUGAAGGUUUCCAGAUGGCCCACCCCAUACUUCUCAACCACUAGUAUGGUUCAGGUCCUUCGCAAUGCAGGGGAAGAGGUUACCCUCACUGUGUCAUUUCUGAAAAGAGCACCUGCUUUUCUAAAACUGCCACUGAAUGAAGAUUGUGCAUGUGCCCCCAGUGACCAAAGCAGUGGUACAUCCUCUCCCCUAUGUGACAGUGGUUUGCAUCUCAACUACCAUCCCAACAACACGGAUACAUUAUCAUGUUCCUCAUGGCCAGCAUCCCCAGGACUUAGGUGGGAAAAAAGAUGGUGUGAUCUCCGAUUAAUUCCACUGCUUCAUUCACGGUUUUCCCAGUACCUUCCAGGAUCAGAUUUGUGCAGGCAAAAUGCGUUCCAAGUAAUUGCUGUGGAUGGGGUUUGCAGUGGAAUAAUUCAGUGUCUCUCUGCUGAAGACUGUAUUGACUGGCUACAAGCAAUAGCAAGUAACAUUUCCAACCUCACAAAGCACAAUAUUAAAAAAAUCAACAGGAAUUUUCCCGUAAACCAGCAGAUAGUCUACAUGGGCUGGACAGAAGAACGGGAACAAGACUCCCUUCAGGAUCGAAUGUAUGCACCAAAGUUUCUAGCACUGAGGGGAUCUUCCCUGUAUAAAUUUAUAGCACCUCCAGUCACAACAUGGGAUUGGACACGAGCUGAGAAAACAUUUUCUGUUUAUGAAAUAAUGUGCAAAAUUCUCAAGGACAGUGAUCUACUGGACCGGCGGAAACAUUGCUUCAGUGUCCAGUCUGAAUCUGGAGAAGACCUUUACUUUUCUGUGGAACUAGAGUCUGACCUGACACUAUGGGAAAAAGCCUUCCAAACAGCAACUUUUUUAGAAGUUGAACGGAUACAGUGCAAGACAUAUGCUUGUGUUUUGGAGAGUCAUCUUAUGGGACUUACCAUUGACUUUAGCAUGGGCUUUGUCUGUUUUGAUGCUGCCACAAAGGCUGUACUUUGGAGGUACAAGUUUUCCCAGCUCAAAGGUUCUUCAGAUGAUGGGAAGAGCAAAAUAAAAUUUUUGUUCCAAAACCAAGAUACUAAACAAAUUGAAGCAAAGGAACUGGAGUUUUCCAACUUGUUUGCAGUCCUUCACUGUAUCCACUCAUUCUUUGCAGCCAAAGUGGCUUGUUUGGACCCUUUGUACGUAGGCAGUCAAGCCACAGCUUCUGCUGCUCCCACAACUUCUGGUACUGGCAAAUUAAAGUAUGUUACUUGAUAUCUCACAGUACAGCACUGCCACUUAACAAGACAUAACAAUGUAUAAAUAUUCAUAAGAUGUAGACCUUUGGCGAACCAUGCACAUGGAAAGCAGUCCGGGAGGCGAGACAUCUUGCAGCAUCAGCAGAUAAAUGGUCACGUGGGAUCAUAAAUUCAUCUCUGCUCUGCAAGACAUCGGUAAAUAAUCCUACUCAAAACCCCAGAAUAAGAUUGAUAUGCUUUUAGUAUGAUCUGUUUGUACUUACAUAGUGUUUUAAGCAACACUGGAAGCAAAGGGAUAAAUGACAAAAUGAAGCACUUCAGUAUUUAAUAAAAUUUUCAAAUUGCUAUAAUAAUACACAAAUAGAAUUGUCAUUUUCCUGUUUUCAGAUGUUUUUUUAUGACUAUAUGCUAAACUCUGAGUAUGAACCUAUUACCCUGUCAUUACAUUAUAAAUGACAUAAGAGCAAGCAACAGCAUAUAGUACAUGGUGAUAAGGAGAUAAGCAUGAAAAGGCCUUUGUGUAAGUAUCCCCUCAAAUAAGAAAGCACUUUAAGCACUGUUGUAAAUCCAUACUUGUGUCCUUACGUGGAGUCAUGCUGCUUUUUCAUUUUUGUUCCUUUAGUCUAAUAAUAACAACAACAAAGGUAUAGCCAUAUUGGACUGAUACAUUAAAUUAAAAAAAAGCCACAAAAAGCAAAACAUCUUCCCACGAGUAAGUCCCUCUUCUUCAAGUAAAUAUUGUGAUAUGAGUUUAACUGCAAAUUAAGUGCAAGUGUACAAAGUAUCAUGUCUGAUAUUUACUUCCUCCCUUUGUCAAAAAUUAUUUUCUGUAAAUCUAAUGGUCUUUUCUACACCAGACUUGACAGACAGAAUCCAUCUGGUACACUGUUUCCAUGUUUAACCUUGAUUUGACAUCAUAACUAGAACCUCUGUUCCACUCAGGCUCCAAAUAGACAACCUAUGUUAUGCUUGAAAAAUUAGUCCACCCUUUGAAGUCUUAAUAGUUGCUUUUUAAAUGUAUAUUCUUAGUAAAAGACAGGAAUAAAUUAAAUAAUCUGUAAAGAAUAGAUGACAGAAUGCAUAAUGUCUUUGUAUGUUGAGAAUAUUACAUCACUCUGAACCACAUACUAGUUCCAGAGUAUCAUUUAAUUAUGAAAGCUGACAGACUUGUAAAUUUAAAAUUAAUAAGUUUAUGUAAAUAUCAUUUUUCAAAAUAAUUUAAUUUUGUGCUAUUGCACACAUCAGUGAAGAUUUUAAAAGUAGUGGGAACGUGUGGGAAACAACAGAAAAGAUGAGGGAUUUUUUUUUGCCAGACAGCAUAAGAGAACCUAAAAAACUGCAGGAAGAACAGUCAUUGCAGUUACCAUGUAUGUAUGACAUUUUAAAUAGUACUUUGUGGGGUUUCUGUUUAUUAUAUUGAAAUCAAUACUAACUUUUUUAUUUUUUUUCCACUUAUAUUUGUUAUAAAAGCACAUAGCAUGUAAAGGUUAUGUACACCAUCUGCCUUGUUUACCAGAAAGACUAAUUCUGUCACAUUCUUUUCUACAUAUCAAGAUAAUUAAAACUUCAAAAAUUAAGCCAGAGGAAAGCUUUUUCAAAAUGGCAACUAUUCAAGAUGCAACACAGGGGCAAAAGAUGAAUGAACUGUAGAGGCAAAUCAUGUCUCUGUUUUUUUGCUUUGCAUUAGAAACAUUUGCAUUUAUGUGUGUGAGAAUACCCUUGCCUUGAAGUAUAGCUUGUUUCACUUGAUACUAGUUCCAAAUAACCUGAAAAUAUACUUUCUGGGGACCAUUUUGUCAGUUGCAAAUGACUGUCAGUACAAGCUUACUUCUUAUUAGUACACUACCAAGGGUUACAUAUUUAUUUUCUGUGCUAAAUACAAUGAAAUGAUGUUGUAAUCCAGCUACUAAAUGUUUUAAGUAUCAUAAAAAUCCAACAUUUUUAUAGACAUCAUCAUGUGUUUGUUUAUACAAAUUGCCCCUAAAUAAGUAGGUCACAUUCUAGUCUCUAAAUGACAUAUAAAACUACUGUGGCUGUCGAGGUGAUCUCAAAUUUGUUCCUGGGAGAGUACAAACCCCAGAUAUUUUGAAUCCAAAGCUACAAGUCUAAGAGGUUUAAAGAUGGUAACUCAGGCACUGUGUCCUUGUCAAGAAAGCAUAUACUGGAAAUACAGUGCAGAGCACUGACAAUGCUGAAAACAGAAUCUCAGUAUCUGUUAAUGACACCUCUCCUUCUCUGUGCCCCCGAAUAAAUCUCCUUCCUUUCAGUGUGUUGCUGUGAACACGGUGUUGACAUGUGCUAACAUCUCAGUAAAUACUCUGCUGACAAUAGCAGAAUCUAAAACUAAUCAGCUGCUAGUUUAAUGUGUUUCCUUCAGCUGUUCAUGUUAUAUGCACAGUUGUACCACUGAAACUGAGUUGUUUAGGGAACAUUUUUUGAUGUGCUUAAAUGAGCACAACAUUUACCAAAGCUGACAGAAAGUAUGUCAUUGUAAAUUGCUGUAGAUUAAGGGAUUCCAUUAUAUGAAAAAACCCCACUCCAAAUUAAAAAAAAAAAAAAAAAAAAAAAAAAGUCACUCUUGUGCAGAAUGGAACUAAUGUCAUGAAAUUUUGGGACUCUACCACAGUAUCCUAGAAAUCUCAGUCAUGUAUUCUGUUUGUAGAAGUGCUGAAUUCAUCAAAGAGACUUUUGUAACCGGGCAUUAAACAAGUAACAUUUAAGAAACAAACAUUAGCCUGUAAAUUGAUUUUUUGUUUUUGUUUUUCUAAACCCCUACAUUUCAAAGAGAUAAACUGGUGGGUAUAAUCAAUACUUUUAUUUUCAAUAAGAUAGAAGUGUUGUUGUGAGAAUAGCCUUGACUGCAGAUCAAUGCUGGUUUGCAAAUGCAACAGGGGUUAGUGCACUGACCUUUCAGAAUAUUCAGAGGUGACUCUGCAUCCAGGCUUGCCCUUUUAGAGCAAGUUGGUCACAAUUUCAGUCUUGAACCAAAGAGGGAAAAUUUUAAACUCUGUGUUAUGACUAUUCUUGAAAUAGCAAAAUAUAAUUUAUAAACAUAUUAAAUGGCUAUAUUUUCAUUUAAAUACCUAUAGGAGAUUCCCAUUUAAAGCAUAGUGAACUUCAUAUACAUAUGUCAAAACCCAGGCUUUAUGCUGCAGUUUCUCAUUUCACAUGUGACAUAUAACAAAUACAAGCAUUUUGUAAGUCAACACGGCCCAGUGACAAUGAAAUAACUCAAAUGUGAUGAAGUAUCAGCUUUUGCUAACAAUAUGUAUGCAAAUGAAAGUAAAUUUCUUAACAAAAAAGAGCAAACCAAUUCAUAGCAUAAAAUGUAAUUUGUUCUUUUUAUGUCACAAUACUCUUAAGUUUAAUAAAAAAAUAUCUUUAUAGUACUGUGCCUAUUGAAGUGAUGUUAUAUAGUAUACCAAAAAUAUGUACUCUUAAGUAUAACUAAAUAUAUUUCGUUUGAUUUGCUUUGCUUUAUGAUGGAAAUUUUAGAUAAUCUGACCUUCACAGAACUAAGCAUAUGCUAGGUUAUACUGUUAGCAUAAUUUUAUUAUGAAAGUGUUGCAGAUUUGAAUACAUGUUAUUCUCGAUUUCAUCAGUGAAUGACUAUGUUUCAUUUUCUACACAUGUUUAAAAGUACAGUUCUAGAUUUUCAAAAGAGCUUUGCAUUCCAGUAGAAUGAAAGCACCUUUAUACUAAAAAUCAGGAUAUUUUUAAAUGUUGGCCAUUUUAUUUUGUUAAUUAAGUGCAGCAAGAAGUUUAUGGAGACAAACUGGUUGUAAGUGGGUUAUUUUUUAAAACCAAUAAUUAGAAGUUCUGUCUGUUCAAACUAGAAAUCAUAAGAAUGCAAACCAAUAAUAUGCAUAUCCAUAUGCUUUGAGAUGAGAAUCAUGACAAAUAUUAUUUUCCAAAUUAUUUCUUGAUUCCACAUGAAUCCAUUUAUUUACUUUGUGUACAUAGACUUAAUCAGAACACUUCAAAGUGGAUGGUUAAACAUGAGUAGGUAGUUGUCAACACUGCAGCCUAUUACUUUAAAUGUGAUUUGGUUUAUUCAAUACCUUAAGAAGUUUCUUACAUCAAACAAAAUAAUAAUAUUUUUUUUAAAAAAGGCUGAAGAACUUGUGAAUGUACAGUUGCUACCCUUAGAAAUUCAACAGUUUUGCUCCAUAUUGUCUAAGUAUCCUCAAGUAUUCCCUAUGCCAAUAAGAAAGACUGAUUUUCAUUCUGGUAUGGCAACUCCAAAGGAACCUUUUGGAAAAUGCAAUUUUAUUAAUAUUAAAAACUGUUCCUUGUAUUGCAAUUUCCAUUUCCAUACAGGGUGUUGUCCCUGAAAAAGCAUAGUAAAGGAAAAAAGUUUACGCUCAUAUUAAAAUGUUCAACCUCAAACAAUUUUGAGUCCAUACUUUGAACUCACACCUCUGACCAUUGCUGCGUGAUGGGAAACAUGAGAGACUCAAGCUCCCGAAAUUUAAAUGUCUGUCUUAGAUGCCUAAAGUAGCACUUGUGUCUCUCAAAAGGGAAAUACAAGGCAGGAAUAUAGUUUGGGAUCACUGAAGGUUUGUGCAUGUGUAUGUGUCUCUAAGGAGACAUGCUUCUGCGUUAGUGUUUUUAUCUUAUCAGGAAUGUGCUUUUGAAGCCAGACUCCUGCCUGCUGCCACUCACUGUGUUGUUCUUCAUAUCACAGAGCAGUCUUUAAGCACAUGAACGUGCUUUUUAGGAUAAAACUGAGUGACCAUCACACCUAUAUGAGUUCCAUGUCCUGGUGUGAUUUCAGACCAUGUGGCCCAACUGAAAUGUGUCCAGAGGAAGAAACCCUCUGACAUGCAUUAGCUCCUCACGACAGCUCUUUCUGUCUCUGCAGUAGUUGCUGCUUAUACAAAGUGAGUGCUUGAAGGACCCUAGAAAGCUGACCCUCUUAGUGUAUCCCACCAGAGCUUGGUGCCUGAAUGGGUAUGCUGCACUGUGGCAAGGGACAGAAUGAGGCUAACAAGGCUGAUGAGUGCCCAGGACAGGUUAUUCUACAUCACCUUUUUCCCUUGCCACAUCAGGACAAUAUUGACUGCAAGGAGCCUACUCCAUGCUAGUCAGCCCUCUUCCUGCUGCAUCUCUCUCCCCAACUGCAGCAAACACAUACCUGAAUAUUUGCUCUGCGGUCCCCAAGCUCACCUCCAUCUUUCCUCAGCCCCUUUGCUCAGACAGGCACCAAAACUGUAUUCUCAGCUACAUAACAAAGCCUCUAAAUCUCUUACACAGUCAGAGGACAGUAUUAAGAAUUAUGGUAAGGGCAUCCAUGUGCAAGAGUGCUUAAGUGUGCGAUUAACGUUCAGGUUAAAGCAAGUGAAGUUGUAUCUGAGCUUAAGUGCUUUCCUGACUUGGAAGGUUCUUAAGUGCAAUUUCAGUACUAAGGUCUGUAGUGACAACACAUUUCUAUUUGCUUGGCUCCAUUUUCAGGAAGUUUAGCAAAAGUUCAUAUUCUGUUGGAAUCAUGAAGCAUAGGAAUACUGAAAUAAAAAUAAAUUUCUGUUUUAAUUCUGUAUAUUAUUACAGUACAUUUCAUAAUCUGUUAAAAUACAUUGAACAGUGUAAAACUAAAUGCUUUCAUUUGCAAAACCUAGUCAGUUUUCCCUAUGGUACACAUGACUUCCACUUUCAACAACUUUCUCCACAAGAAUCCUAACUAAAUACAAUAGAAAUUCUUUUAUUAUUCAGUAUAUACUAAUAUAUAAUGCAUAGAGUGUGUGUGUGUAUGUGUGUGUGUGUGUGUGUGUAUAUUAGUAUAUACUAAUGAAGAUAUUCAGUAUAUAUUAGUGAAAGAUACAUAUUAGGCACAACUAUAAAACAGAAGCAUAAAUCCAUGAAGCUUUACAUUUAGGAACUUAAUCGUAUAAUACUAUAAAGAAAAACAUGUAUAUUAGUUGAAGAAAUUGCUAUUUUUGCAGGCUAUGCACAAUCUGGAUAUACAAUAGUAAACUGAUAAACAUUAACUGAUUUACUAUUUCAUACCUCCAGAAACUCUGAUUUUUUAAUUAUUCUUAUCCCUUUAGCAUAUUUGCAAUAUAUGUCAUAAGUUUUAAUUUGUUAUGGAUAAAAAUGACUGAAAAAAUGUAAUAGAAAGUGCUAUAUAUUUUAUAAAUAUUAAAAAUUUAAGAAAAAACUAUUCCAACUAUUUAUUUCAUUUUUAGUUAUGGUUUUGUGGUUGUUUGUAAUAUGUAUUUGUAACAAACAUGUCACUUAGUUGUUUAAGCUCAUUAAUGUACCACUAAUAAAAUGCUAUCUUCUGUUU